AUGGCCGACGUUCCUUUCCCCCCAUCCGGUGGAGCUCGAGGAGCUCCAACAUCCUCAUAUCCCGGCCCCAGCAUCUCCUCCGCUCCACGCCGCUCUUCCUACGCCUCUGUGGUCUCAGGCAACGCCUUUUCACCCCCUACUGCCGGCUCCUUCGCCCAUCUUCUCAACGACACUAAUCCAGUUUCAUCCUAUCCACCGCCCUCCCAGCCCGACAGUCGCCUCCACCGGGCCCUGUCCGGUGUCGAUGCCGCAGACAUGCACCUAAACUCCGCCUGGAGGUCCCCGGCGUCCCCGGACUCAGUGCCCUCCUACUCCCGUAAGUUCGCCAGCUACCUGCGCCCAGCAGAAUUCCCACACGGGCCGGGUCUGGCCGAUGGGCCCUCAUUCUUCACCCCGUCCUACCUCCGCAACUCCCGCUACGUUUCCCGCCUCGACGACGCCCAUCGAGCCAAGCUUGCUGCCCAACACCGUGAUGCCUCCUCGUCUACCUCAACCUCCAACCCUCCCCUCUCCGCCUCGUCCAGCCAUGUCCACCUGCCCCGCAUGGCCCCGUCCCAUCGCGGCAUGACCUAUGAGAUCAUCGAGAAGGAACCUCCGACCCCCGCCGACCAGCUUAUGCCACUGCCCAUCCAGUGGAGCACCUCGGACAAAUAUGCUGGCCUCGAGCUGUCAAACGAUGGUCUCGAUGUCCGCUACACUGGCCCCGUGCACAAGCAUGACCACGAAGCCGCCGCCUUGCGCGCCGACCACCCCAUGCCGCCCCAAUGUGGAAUAUACUACUUUGAGAUUAAGAUCGAGUCUAAGCCGAAGGAAGGGAUGAUCGGGAUUGGCUUCUCCAGCCCCAAGGCCUCCGUCGAGAGACUUCCAGGCUGGGAGCAGGAAUCCUGGGCGUACCAUGGCGAUGACGGCAAAUCCUUUUUCGGCGAAAGCCAAGGCCAAGGUCGGCCGUAUGGCCCGACUUUUGGGGUGGGAGAUACGGUGGGAUGUGGUGUGAACUUCUCCACGGGAUCUGCCUUCUUCACUAAAAACGGCGUUUUCUUAGGUAAUGCGUUUCAUGAACUUCGCAAUGUGAAGCUCUAUCCGUCCGUAGGGAUGAAGAAACAACCACCGGUACACCUCAAGGCGAACUUCGGACAGGAGCCGUUUGUGUUUGAUAUUGACGGCAUGGUCCGGCACGAGAGGGCGUCUGUUCAUUCAGAGAUCAACGCCACGAGCACUGAUAGUCUCCACCCACCGCUAGAUGAACCGGCACUGCUGCAGGAGCUGGUUGCGCAGUUCCUCGCCCAUGAUGGCUACGUGGAGACAGCUCGCGCAUUUGCAGAAGAGGUGGCUACCGAAACAACGGCUUUGCAAAACGGUCGCGAUGAGCCAUUGAAAAAGUACGAGGUGGAAGAAGACCGGGAGGCUAUUAACCGUAAUAAAAUCCGCGCUGCUAUUCUGGACGGCGACAUCGACAAGGCCCUCAAGCACACCAAGGCUUAUUAUACUAAUGUCCUCGAGGACUACCCCCAUAUUCACUUCAAGCUCCGCUGUCGCAAAUUCCUUGAGAUGAUGCGCCGGUCGAAUGAACUGUUCGCAGCCACGGCCGCAGCCACCUCCAAACGGCGCCAGGACACUUCGUCCGGAAUUUCAGACGAGCAUGCUGUCUUCGAUCAGGAGAUGGAGCUCGAUGACGGCGAAGGCUGGGAAGCAGAUGGCAUGGACACGGAGGAGCCCGAGACCGCAGCGCAGUUCAGCGAGCUCCUCACCGAGGCUGUUCAGUACGGGCAGCAGCUGCGUAUGGACUAUCCAUCCGACGAGAACGGUGGCGACAAAAAGAUGCUGGAGGAUAUCUUCUCGUUGGUCGCGUACCCAGAUCCCAAGCGGUCGGUGCAUGGGCAUUACCUCGACCCGGCAGGCCGGGUGGCUGUGGCGGAGGAGCUGAACUCGGCCAUUCUCGUCUCUCUGGGUAAAUCCUCUGCUGCUGCCCUGGAAAGGCUCUACCAGCAAACGGAGGUGUUAGUCAACGAGAUCAGUGAAGAUGGCGGCGCUGGGGCGUUUAUCAAUGUUCGGAAUGACAUUUUGCUUUAA